CUGACAAGAGCAGACAUAUAACCGUGGGGCUCGCCACCACUCCCCCAUUCGCAAUUCACAGUCAUACACAGCCGUUGUUCGCGCCAAACGCUACCGUCAUUCCGCUGCUGCCUAGGGGGAGACGUUAAAAUUCCGUCUCGCCCACUCCAAAGCCCGCGACAAACUCCCCACACUUCACGCACAAUGGCGAACCCGCCGUAUAAGACACCCCCGAGCAACCGUCUUACCGUCUCCUCACUCCUCUCGCCUCCAGAGAUGAAGCGCUCAGAAUCCUUCGGCUCGUCAAUUGCGCCCGCAAUCGCACGCUCGCCUUUCUCGUCCUUCAACUCAGAGCCAUCGAAGCCCGCCAUCAUGGCCGCCUUCCAGGCAACACCCUCCUCGCACCGCGAUGCGUACGCCUCGCCGCCAAUUUCGCCGUACGACUCGCAAUCGCAGAAGGAGAACAUGGACUGCCCGCCGGAGAUCGGCGCGCGGGACCCGCAGCUCUUCGUCCCCAGUGACGCGGUCAGCUCAAUCGCCCCCGAUGAGCCACUGUUCCCUCAGGAGCCGGUCGAUCAUGUCGCACAGAACCUGAUCACCGAACACAUGAAGUCUUCCGAUUUCGCGAACCUCCAGAGCAAGCCUGCCCGCGAAGACUACGAGCUGGCCGUCUCCUUCGUCUCCACCGUCUUCCAGUCGUACAACAAGAACCCGCGCGCAUGGUAUCUACAGGAACGGGAGUUCGAUCAACGAUACGGCCGACCGAGCGGCGUGCAGAAGAGGCCAGCGCUGAAGAAGCUGGCUCCCGCGCCGUCGACAGGACCCCGCCAGAGGCAAAAGAUGGCCCUCCCCCGUCUUCCUCGCGCUCCUCGAGCGCCGAAACGCACUCCUCAGGCUCGCGUCUACGAUUCUUUCGACUUCAUUCCAUCUUCGGUGUCGCCGAAGCCUCCGCGACCGGCUACAAACCGCGACGACACCGACUACAACUCGCUUCCAGACUUCUCGCCACCCCUCGACACCCUGCCCAAGGGCAACAACAAGGUUCUCAAGGCCGACUGGAAGGGCCAGGUGCUCGAUCUCUCCAACGACCCCGAUCGAAGCCUGCUGCACGAAGCCGAACUCAACCUAGCCUCGACCCUCCGUCUGUCGUGCGCCACCUACCUCUGCAGCAAGCGACGCAUCUUCCAGGCCCGCAUCGAAGCCCUGAGGAUUGGCAAGGAGUUCCGUAAGACCGAUGCCCAGCAGGCCUGCAAGAUCGACGUCAACAAGGCCAGCAAGCUCUGGCAGGCCUACGAGAAGGUCGGCUGGUUCAAGCCCGAGUUCUUCCGUCAGUACCUUUAAGUCAUUCUCUUCGGAUCACUGCAACAAUUCUCAUACACACGGAUUUUACGGGCGACUCGUUACCGCCUGUGUUGGAUUCUCAUGUUACGCAUCAAUUUGCAUAUGGACACACGACCACUAACGGCGUUGUGGGUUUCUCCUUUUCGGAUCAGACUGAGAUACCAUGG